GAGAGAUAGUAAAGUCAAUGAAACAAUUAGAGGAAAGGAUAAUUGAUUAUCGGCAAGGGGGGUUGAAGGAGGAGGUUGAGGUGGAGCAGUUUGUUGAGCAAGAUUGCUGGGAUUGUUUGGAGUGUUGUGGACAGAAAGAAAUUAAAAAAGAUAAAGGCAAAACUAAGGGGAUUAUAUCAGAACCAAAGGUUACUUCCGAACAAAAAGGAGAAAGUUCUACCCAGGCUCAGAUAGAAAUUCCUCCUAAAAAAGAAAUUUAA